GUUGCAGAAUACGCAUAUAAUGACGAUUAUACUAUCUAAAUGGCGGACAAGGAUACUCGUUUCUUUGCAAUGUGUUUUAAGCUUAAUCUUUUUUAUCAGUGACAUUUGAACUAUUAGACAUUUCCGCCAACAUUUAAAUCUGAACACAUCAAAAAACAUAACCACAAACGGAUUAAAGUGCCAAACAAAACAUAUGGGAUCCGAAUUUUGAGUUUUUUUUUUUAUAAUAUUUCAAAAUGGUACGGAACAUACUCGCAAGUGAUAAUGUGUUUAAGCUUUUUCAUUUGUGCUCCAAAAGAUGGUAGUGGCGUAGUUUGGCUUGAUUAUAGGACAAUGUGGUGCAGACAGAGAUUAUGUAUUUUACCUGGCUAGGUCUCCAGCUAAACGUGACAAGAGAUCUAGCUUUGAUGAUAUUGAGGAAGACUUGAUCCUCGACCAUGCCAAACAAAUUUCAAGAAUGUUACCAGGUGGAAUGAAUAUUUUAGGAAUUGUUGUAUCUCAUCCUGAAGAUGUAACGUCUCCUUUGCACCCAAAAGUAAGUCGUUAUUGAGCAACUUGUGCAAAACAUUAGACUCUAAUAGAUUUUAUGGCAACGCUAAGAAAGAAAUGAUUAUAGUAAGUUUCAUCCCAAAACCUCAGAAGUAUAUUUGCAAAGAGU